CGUGUAGGAAAUGAAAACUUUCCCAACAGAUUAGACGACGAUGAUUUUCCAUCAACAAGUAGAGUAGCUUUGCAAAAUUUAGAAUAUGAUAUAGAUAGCGGAGAUGACAGUGUGUUUUUAAGAUCAGAUAGUACAUUUAAAAAUAGAAUAGAUUUAAGUUAUCAUAGUUUAGAAUUUAAGCAAGCAGAAAGUUUGUUAGAAUCUUUUAACUUUGGCAUGGUUUCACAAUUUCCUCUUGAACCCAUGCAUUUAGUAGAUUUGGGUGUAACAAAAAAGUUGCUCCAGUUACUUAUCAAGAAAGGUAACGUUACGAAAAUGAAUGAGAAGCUUUUGCUUCUUAACAGGUUCGUACCGUCUGAGUUUAGCCGGCUUAGCCGAGACCUUGACCAGAUAAGUAAUUGGAAGUCAACUGAAUUCCGGCAGUUUUUAUUAUAUACCGGGAUAUUUGUUUUGAAAGACUGCAUUAAUGAAGAUUUAUAUUAUCAUUUUCUUUUACUACACGCCGGAAUUCGAUUUCUCUCUUGUGAGAAAUCUUUUAACGUAGAAUCGAAUGUCGCCAAUGAAUUGUUAAAGGAAUUUGUUGAUUUGUUCGGAAAUAUUUAUGGCGAUCAUCUAAUAAGUUAUAAUGUUCACGGGUUGUUACACCUUUCGGAUUGUGUUAGAGAAUUUGGUCCUUUAGACAAUUUUUCCGCGUACAAAUUUGAGAACUACAUGCAGCAUUUAAAAAAAAUAAUUAAUAAACCUAAUAAAAUUUUGCAGCAAAUGUUUUUCAGAAUAUCGGAAAGAUUAAAAAUUUCAGAUUCUAGCAAACUUUCUAAAAACGACCUUUUUAUAAUAGAUUUUAACAAAGAUAAAGAUAGUUAUUUUCAAUGUAAUAAGGGGCCCAUUAAAAUUGUUGGAUUAGAUAAGGAAACCAACAGUUUUAAAGCACUCCUUAUUUCUAAUUUAGAAAAUUAUUUUAUCGAGCCAGUAGAAUCUAUGUCAGGGCUAGGGUCUGCCGUGCAGCGUAAGCGGUUUGCUGUAUCGCAGCCCUACGAAAGGCGUACAGCAAUCCCAGAUUCCCCCAGCGCAACGGUAUCCAACCAUGCUACUGCGGUUCCAAGUUGUUAA